CAUGCUGCCAUCGGCAGCAUGUUUUGAGUCAUAUUAGCUUGAACUGUCAUGGGAUUCUGGAAGUAGAAUAUUAAAUAGGCUGUUUAGAAAAAAUCCCGAAUGCUCUAGCUCCCUCUAAAGCCUGUAAUCAGCCUGUAAUCGUGCUUGCAAAAAUCGAGAGCUCCUGGUUUUGUUUAACCAACCAGGGGGGAGGAAUUGCUACCUGUCAAUCACAGCUUGUGCACACGCUGCUAUCGAGCCCGCCCCCCAUUCAUGCGCACGAAAGUUCUCCGUGUGUGAAAUUUUGAAGGCCUGCCGACGGCAGCUUUAAUGUUUGUUAUGGCUAUGUUUAAAUGUUAAUUGAUGAAGUUUGUUUUUCUAGCAUCAGACACUUCGGACAGCCUGCAGUAUCAGGCAAGACAUUAUAAAACUCUGCAGGACAUGUAUAAAACCAAGGCCAGGCCAAACAAGAAGGAUGUUGCCCAGCUCCUAGACCUUGAAUUCCAGUCAAGACGCGCCUUCAUUGACUCCGAUGUGACUAAGGAGCAGGACAGGCCUGUCAAGAUCCUUGAGGCGUAUCCCUGCUUUGGAGAAUUGGACCAUCUAAUGGAUGAACUCCUGCGGAUCCUCGAUCAAGGGAACCCCCACUUCCUACCUGAACUAAAUACCCGGCGGGCGACCUUUUUUGAGAGGGCACAGUUUUAUGGCGUUUUCAAGAAGGUCAUGAGGCCUCCACUGUUGGACAAAGCACAACAGUCAAUCGCCCUGAUGAAGGCAUUGCCAGACUUAUUUCCAUCACCUGUGGCUCCACCCAAGAAGUUGGGACAUGCAAGUGAGGCUUUGCUUCACAUCCUUAAGCCUACAGAAGACCCCAACACCUUUCUACGAGCAAGACCACUCUCCAGCCCGGUCGUUGUUGUCAGUGAAACUAACUGCAUACUAUCUAUUGGAACCACGCCUGUGUUGACUUUCCCAAAAGAGGAUAUCGAUGCUAGCGUAAUGUAUCUCAUGGCAUGCUAUUACAUCUUUCACCUUACAUAUCCCAAGUGCGUUGCCACACUCAUGUCUGUGCUGCAGACCGAGGUUCUCCUGGAUGCCAUCCACGACCAGGACUUCAUAUAG